GCAGCGGGCGGCGGCCUCGGAGCGCGGCGGGGCCAGACGCUGACCAGCUCCGGAUUCCCGGGGUCUCCUCCGUCCUCUCCGCCUCCGGCUCGCUGCUUCGCGGCCGCCCGCGCCAUGCGCUCCCAGGCCGGGGCCGCCUGCUGGCCGCGGCCGCUCGGCCUCCUCCCGCUCCUCCUGCUGCUGCUGCUGCUGCUGCCCGCGCCGUCGGACGCCUCCGACACCCCCAAGGUGAAGCAAAAGGCACUGAUCCGGCAGAGGGAGGUGGUGGACUUGUAUAAUGGAAUGUGCUUACAAGGACCAGCAGGGGUACCUGGCCGUGAUGGGAACCCUGGGGCCAAUGGCAUUCCUGGUACCCCUGGGAUCCCAGGUCGGGAUGGAUUCAAAGGAGAAAAGGGAGAAUGCUUAAGGGAAAGCUUUGAGGAGUCCUGGACCCCAAACUACAAGCAAUGUUCAUGGAGCUCACUAAACUAUGGCAUAGAUCUUGGAAAAAUUGCGGAGUGUACAUUUACAAAGAUGCGUUCUAACAGUGCCCUGCGCGUGUUGUUCAGCGGCUCACUGCGGCUGAAAUGCAGAAGUGCGUGCUGCCAGCGCUGGUAUUUCACGUUCAAUGGGGCUGAAUGUUCUGGACCUCUCCCCAUUGAAGCCAUCAUCUACUUGGACCAAGGAAGCCCUGAACUAAAUUCAACAAUUAAUAUUCAUCGUACUUCUUCUGUGGAAGGACUCUGUGAAGGGAUUGGUGCUGGAUUGGUGGAUGUUGCAAUCUGGGUUGGUACUUGUUCAGAUUACCCCAAAGGAGAUGCUUCUACUGGAUGGAAUUCUGUAUCUCGCAUCAUUAUUGAAGAACUACCAAAGUAAAAUGCUCUGACUUGUUCCCUACCUCUUUUUAAUCACACUUUUGGAUGGCCCAUUUAAAUUACACUUAACCAAUCAUGUUAUGUAUACAUCUGGAUAAAACAAAGUUAAAUGUUUACAGACCAAAGUGUGAUUUCACACUUUUAAAAUUGUAUUAUCCAUUUUACUUCCACCAAAAAGCUUCAGUAUUUUGUUGUUGUUGAUGAUGAUCAUGCUGUUUUUACAUUCAUAUACCCUGAACCUGUAUUUUGGAAUGUCAUUGUGGUCUUUAGUUCUGAUUUUCUUAAGAUACCAUUUUUAAACGUAUAAAAUUUAUUAACCUUUGUACAAGCUGUAAAUGUGUAGAAUUAUUUUUUAUCUGUUAAAUAAAAUGUUUGAUACAACUUUAA